CUCUCUCUCUUCUCUUCCUCGUUUCAGUCACCAGUCCACCCGCGGUCUCGUACGCGCGACACGAGUCAACGACCGACGGCGAUCGCCGGAGGUGGGGGGCGGCACGGCGGGGGGUCUCUGCUCAGCGUGGGGGGUGGGGCCACCAUGGUGAGGAGCGGGAGUGUGCGGCGGACGGCCGCGUCGUCGUCGCCCGCCGCGGCGGCGGUGCCGACGGCCUUCACCGCCUCGCCCGGCGACUACCGCCUUCUGGAGGAGGUCGGCUACGGCGCGAACGCCGUCGUGUACCGGGCGGUGUUCCUGCCAUCCAACCGGACCGUCGCCGUCAAGUGCCUGGAUCUCGAUCGUGUCAACAGUAACCUCGAUGAUAUAAGAAAAGAGGCACAAACGAUGAGCUUGAUAGAUCACCCUAAUGUCAUCAGGGCUUACUGCUCAUUUGUUGUGGAUCAUAACCUCUGGGUGAUAAUGCCAUUCAUGUCAGAGGGUUCAUGUUUACACCUGAUGAAGGUUGCAUAUCCUGAUGGUUUUGAGGAGCCUGUUAUCGCCUCUAUCCUAAAGGAAACACUUAAGGCUCUAGAGUACCUCCAUCGGCAAGGACAUAUCCAUAGGGAUGUCAAGGCGGGUAAUAUCCUUAUGGACAGUCCUGGUAUAGUGAAACUUGGGGACUUUGGUGUCUCUGCUUGUAUGUUUGAUAGAGGUGAUAGACAAAGAUCCAGGAAUACAUUCGUGGGAACACCAUGCUGGAUGGCUCCAGAAGUUCUCCAGCCUGGAGCAGGAUAUAAUUUCAAAGCUGACAUAUGGUCUUUUGGAAUAACUGCACUGGAGCUAGCACAUGGCCAUGCUCCCUUCUCGAAGUAUCCUCCCAUGAAGGUUCUUCUCAUGACCCUUCAAAAUGCACCACCAGGCCUUGACUAUGACCGUGAUAAAAGAUUCUCAAAGUCUUUCAAGGAAAUGGUUGCAAUGUGCCUGGUCAAAGAUCAAACAAAGAGGCCAACGGCUGAAAAGUUACUAAAGCACUCAUUUUUCAAGAACGCAAAACCUCCAGAGCUGACUGUUAAGAGUAUUUUAACUGAUUUGCCCCCUCUGUGGGAUCGUGUAAAAGCGCUCCAGCUAAAAGAUGCAGCACAAUUAGCUUUGAAGAAAAUGCCUUCUUCUGAACAGGAGGCACUUUCUAUGAGUGAGUACCAAAGAGGCGUAAGCGCAUGGAACUUCGAUAUUGAGGAUUUAAAGGCUCAAGCAUCAUUGAUUCAUGAUGAUGAUCCACCUGAAAUAAAGGAAGAUGUUGACAAUGAUAGAAUAAAUGAAGCUGAUAAGGAGCCGUUUUCUGGCAAUCAUUUUGGACAACCAAAAAUUUUGAGUGGAAAGCACUUCAGGUUGAAUCAUGAACAAACUUGUGUCACUGCAGUAAGUCCAGGGGGGAAUAUGCAUGAGACAAGCAGAGGAUUGGUUUCUGAACCUGGUGAUGCUGAUAGUGAAAGGAAAGUUGAUGGAUAUAGAAAACAAGGGUCAGAAAACGAAUCGUUACCCUCUACAUCAAAACAUGAUUCUGAAGGACAAAACAGUAGUAGUGAAGUUAAACAAAAAGAAAGGACUUGCUCUGGCCCAAUUCUGUGUUCUGGUGUACAUAAUAAAUCAAUAACUGAAAGCAGUCGCAUUUUUGAUAGGGAAGCGGCAGUUAAGUUGGCAUCUGAUAAACAAAAGAGUUGUACAAAAAGAACCACAAAUCUCAGUGGUCCUCUUGCACUCCCUACUCGUGCUUCUGCAAAUAGUCUGUCUGCUCCUAUUCGGUCUUCUGGAGGCUAUGUGGGCUCCUUGGGAGAUAAGUCUAAGCGUAGUGUGGUGGAGAUAAAAGGACGUUUUUCAGUGACAUCUGAGAAUGUGGAUCUUGCAAAGGUUCAGGAAGUUCCAACAAGCGGCAUUUCACGCAAAUUACAGGAGGGAUCUUCACUGAGAAAAUCAGCCAGCGUUGGUCAUUGGCCGGUGGAUGCUAAGCCAAUGUCGAAUAGUCAUCAGCGGAAGGAACUCUGCAAUGGUUCAGUAUCUGCGUCCGUUCUGAUUCCCCAUCUACGGAAUCUUGUACAGCAGACCACAUUUCAGCAAGAUCUCAUCACAAACCUCCUAAGUAGCUUGCAACAGAAUGAGAAAGCUGACGCAACACAGUAUAGACUUGGUAAUAUGGAUGGUGAUACAGAGGUUGAAACGUCUAUUUCCGAGGGAGAACGGUCAUUACUUGUCAAAAUAUUUGAAUUGCAAUCUAGAAUGAUUUCAUUAACCGAUGAACUGAUCACAACAAAACUGCAACAUGUCCAGCUACAAGAAGAGCUAAAAAUACUGUACUGUCACGAAGAAAUAAUCGACACUAGGGAGGUGGACAAUGCUUGACAUGUUAAGGUUGAGCCAGAUUCUUUUUAUUAGUACAAGCAGUAUUCAGGCGACUAAAAGUUUUGCCUGCACUGGCUCAUGCCUGGAGGCUUGGCUAAUCGGAUUCCAACAAGGUGUUUGAGGUGCGCUUUUAGGAAGGGAGGAAAACUGAGAGGUGCCAUGGAUUCGACUUGGGAAUCUGCAUCGAACUGUUGAGGAGAUGAGAGCUCUUUGAGAUGCAUAGCAACAAAGGCUGCUCGAUGAUGGCCAGCUUGGGUUUAUGUAUGUUUGUGUAUAUUUGUUCGAUCUACUUAAUUACUUGGGAUUAUAUUUAUUUAUUCGGGGGACUAGUGUAAGGUGGUUAUGAGAGACUGCGGUAUCCAUAUAGUAUUUCGGGCCGCACUUAUCAUUAAGAAUUGAGAUGGCCAUGGAUGCCAAUCUUGGCCAAUAUAGUAUAGAACCAAUGAGCUGCGAGACUGGAUUAUUGUAUUUAUAGACCACCAGAAUAUAUUGUUUAUAUGUUGUUAAUUAGUACAGUGUCAGUAUUAUAGCUAAAUUUGCCCUUUCUUCAAAA